UCUAGAUACAGUCACGCCUAAGUCUGAGUAUAAACUGUUUAUAUAUACAUCUCAUAUUUUGUUUUUCUAAAUACCACUUUAAUGAUGGACGCACGAGGGAAUACCACGCGCAGAACAAUUAGCAAACGGUAGAACCCCUGAUCGCUUGGCCGAUUGCUGGUUUCCGGAGUUAGAAUUCAAUCCGAUGUCAACUGUUUUUGUUGCAGCAUUUCUUCUCUUCUGCAUAAAAAUGGAUUCCUUAAGGAAAAUUUAAUUUGCUGGCUCUGUGAUUUGCGUUUGGAGGAGGACGACAAAAAUUAUCCCCACAAAAAUGAUUCCCGUGACCUUUCUCUUGUUGGUCAUUGGGUUUUCUCAAGGGGAAGUAAACAAAGAGGAACUGUUGAUCAAAGACAUCUUGAACAGUUACAAUAGUUUGAUCCGUCCCACGAAUUCUACUAACCCCGUGGUUGUGGUGGCCCUGGGACUAGCAAUGACGGAGAUAGCUGAACUGCAUGAAAAGAGUCAGGUCUUUGAGUCCGGGGCAUUUCUCCGACAUCUUUGGGCAGACUACAGGUUAUCAUGGAAUCCUGCUAAAUACGGCGGAAUUAUGACAGUCCAUCUACCGGCAGCCUCCAUCUGGAAACCGGAUAUAGUUCUUAUUAACAGUGCAGAUACUGUUGUAGAAAAAGAGGAACCUCUCGCCAUCGUCUUUCAUACUGGUGCCAUAUUCUACAGUCCAAAGAUGCGGCUCCUGGCACCCUGUACUUUGGAUCUAACCAAAUUUCCAUUUGAUGAACAAAUAUGUAAAUUAACAUUUGGGUCGUGGACUUACGAUAAUUCCAAUAUCAAUCUCACACACUUUGCUUAUGGUGUAAAAGGUCUAGAUUUGGAGGACUUGAGGUUUAAUGCAGAGUGGAAAUUAACGGAAUCCUUGUCAAUACGGACAGACAAACGGUUCGAGUAUGCCAGUAACAGUUUUCCUCAAAUCGAAUACUCCUUCCGGUUAAAGAGAAACCCUACCUAUUACCGCCAUGUGUUCAUUCUUCCGGCGGUUCUGUUGGCAAUUCUUGUUCCAUUCCAGUUUCUGUUGCCCCCGGACUCCAGAGAACGAUUGACACUUGGAGCUAUACUAAUGCUGGGGAUCAUUUUCUUGCUUGUUAUGCUACAGGACUUCCUUCCCGAGGCUCAUCCUACAGUACCCGCGCUAGCCACAUUUUAUAGCCUGACCUUGGUGUGGAUAGCCUUGUCUAUGUUAGCCUCGAUAUGGGUGAUCGCUACACAGUCACGUGGUCCUAGGAGUAGAAGGGUACCAGAUUUGAUGCGACAAUGCUUUUUGCGGGGACUUAAGCGCUUAGUGUGUCUGGGCGACGACAGUUAUUUCCCUUUAAAUGAAGUGGACACUCUUACAAUGAAAGCCCUGGAUAUUCCUCCUGUAGAACCUAUUGUUAAAUCUGACGCUUCCAAUAACCAAAAUAAACUGGAGAAAGACGUGGAAGAAAUAUUGCGUCAUGUGCAGACUAUGAUCAUUUGUACGAAAGCUGCGCAGGCGCGACAGGAAGUUCAAAACGAGUGGCAGCAGGUGGCUCUGGUCCUUGACCGAGUUUGGUGUUUCCUGUUUGGAGCCACAUUCCUUUUAUACACUUUCAUUUUACUCGCAUAAAUGUUUGUUUAUGAAGUUAAAUUGUUACAAAUUAUCGAGUUGACUUUUUUCGACAAUCAUUUAUAUUCACUUGCAUUUUCAAGACAAUCAGAAAUAUCCAAUAAAAAAAUUCCAUAGAAACUAACUCUUAAAUCAUGUAAAUGUUUCAAUGUUUUUUUUUUCUUCUGAUACAUCAUUAGUAUAAGACAUUCUGCACACUACUUUCAGUUGGGACCAGAAUUUGAGAAAGUUGCCAGAGCACACUGUGUAAUGUCAUUAAGCUCUGUAAAAUUGUUCAAGUGCAGUGUGAAUGCAUUGAUAUUUUUGCAGCAUGUUGAACUGUUAUACAUAUUAACAAUUUCAUUUAUUUAUUAUUCAAAUAAUAUAUAGUCAUAUACUAAUAAAAUGAAUCUCACCUAA